GCGCUAUCACUGGGCUACAUCCUUGGCUCCGAAACAGUCGCCUCCAAGCAAUCGCCAUGGCCGGUAAGUUGUCACUGCCCAGUUACGAGACGAUCGGCUGGACUACGAUCACGAUUAUCGUCGUCUAUGCAGUCUUCAGGCUGGUCAGAUCCCGCCAGAAAACAUUCAGCUACUUCAAAGAGAUCGGAAUUCCGGGUCCGGAGCCAAGCCUUCUUUGGGGGAAUCUUGCCGAAUACCACACGAAGGGCUUUGUGCACGCCCUCACAGACUGGUGCGCCAAAUAUGGAGACGUAUUCGGAUUUUACAAUGGUGAUCUUCCAACGUUGGUUGUCAAAGACUUGGACUUUCUAACUCACAUAUUCAUAAAAGACUUCCAGAACUUCACCGAUCGAGGUGUUAUCAUGAGAAAAGAGCAAGAGCAUGCCUCCAUUGGCAAGAGCAUCCCAAACGCCAAAGGAGCGAAGUGGAGAAUGAUGCGGAGCUGCAUCUCACAAGCAUUCACUUCUAACAAGCUGAAGCAGAUGAUGCGGGAACUCGUACAACCGGCCGACUUGUUUAUGGAACUGCUGGACAACAUGGCAGACGCAGGACGCGAAUUUGCAGUUUUUGAUCCACUAAAAGGUCUUGCCCUGGACUACACUGGGCGAGCAGCUUUCGGAUUCGACUGCUGCUUUACGCGGAACCUCUCGCACCCUUUCCUGGUGACCGCACGGAAAGUCGCGCACAGCCUCAUGACCGGACCCUUCCACGUGUUCGCCCAUUCCACGACUACAUUGGCCCCUUUAGUUGCUCCAAUACUAUGGCUGAAUGAAAAGAUCGGAUCUUUCGGUUUCGCUGCCUUCAAUAAGGAGACCACUAAGAUUGUUGAACUGAGGGUCCAAAACCCGCAGGCAAGAAGGCCAGACCUGCUGCAGAUCAUGCUAGACGCAAGUGAACAAAAAGCAACCCAAAUGAUGGUAGCCUCUAUGAAAAGCAAAGGGAAUAUGACCCUUCUGGAGGUUGGCGUGAACACCACCAUGAUCAUGCUGGCUGCGUUUGAGACCACUUCCACGGCAAUCUCUUACAUGUGCUAUGUUUUGGCCAAGUACCAAGAUAUCCAGGAAAAGAUCAGAGCUGAAGUCGCCACAGCUGUUGAAGAAUAUGGAGAGCUGAAUUACGAAUCCAUCAUGCACGGAAUGAAGUACUUGAGAUGCGUUGUGGACGAAACACUAAGGAUGUAUCCACCCGCCACUGUGUUUACCACGAGGCGUGCCGUGAACGACGUCGAAUACAAUGGCAUCAAGUACAAAGCUGGCACUUCGUUCUUGGUUCCGACGUUGCAGAUACACAUGGAUCCCCGCUACUGGCCUGAACCCCACAAGUUUGACCCUGAGAGGUUCCUUCCUGAAAACGCCUCAUCCAGGCCAUCGAUCGCAUACCAACCGUUUGGUGCUGGACAGAGAAGCUGCAUCGGCGAGCGCCUCGCAAUCUUAGAAAUCAUGUACACGAUUGCGAGAAUGGUUCAGAAGUACAGGUUGACUCUGGGAGAGUCCCAGAAGAAUGACCUCGAGAUGUCUUUCUUUGCAAUGGUAUCGGUGCCAACAGAGGGUCCGUACAUCAAAUUCCAAAAGAUCUGAAGACUACGGCCUCUCAAGUGAACGAAGGUCUACUAACUUUCCGUUAUUCAUCGCACGAGCGUACACAAUAAUAAAUGCCGACAACAUGCA